ACCAUAAACAAGUCGUCGACUCUCGGCGGGCGGGUGCAUUGUGGGAUAGCCCAGUCCGCCGACUAACGUGAUACCCAUUUGUAUUUUAAUUUAAAUGUUUUAAACAUGGAUGUAACUUAGGUGGAUGUUUUUUAUUUAAUUUAAUGUUCUCAAAGCCCAUCUGAGGCUUUCCUGAAGAAAAAUGCCGCUGUUUGCUAUAUGAAUCGUUUGCAACUGCAGGUCUGCAAAGUCAACAAACAGCUUGUUUUUCCUAAAUUCAUCCAUCAUAGCAGAGUGAACACAUCCUGACAGCUGAGAAUGUUACUCUUCACCUUGCAUGUGCUCCAUAAGAAAGCAAGCUCACAAUUCAAAUCCAUACUGCUGACUGUAGAAAUCGCUCGUAUCGCCAUAUCAACGCAUUGAUUAUAGGGAAGGUGACAUGAGAAUUAGGAUACAGAAGGGAUAUCGAGUGCCGUAUAUUCUUCCUCAGCUGCAUAGUGGGACAAAGGAAUCUCCUGUUGCCUCUCUGUCCAUAUCUCUAAUCAAACUGGACUUGUUUCAGACCUUUGGUUUAAUCUCCAAGAGCUGACCACAAAAAAGCUAUUGUAUCUUACUUAAUUACGACCUCAGGAAUGAUCUGACCUGCCCGGUGCCAGGGGCAGUGAGGUGUGCAAAAACUUGCGUGCCAUGAGGUCCCAUUGGAUAAGGAAGGAAACCCUAGAUGCCCACCGUGAUAGAAUAAGUGAAAAAUGACCUUACAAUGUUAGAUCAAAAAGAAAAAAGCCAGGAGAGAAACUUCUGUAAAGGAGCUGGAAAGUUUUCUGGUCUGAGCCCAUUCGGAGGGUUACUGUUCAUAGACAUCAUGAAUCAUCCAGGAGGACACCUUGCUGUUGCUCUGCUCCUUCUCAUUCUGGUCUCUAUGUCCACUGAAAACAACAUUAUCAGAUGGUGCACGGUGUCUGAUCCUGAAGAGCAGAAGUGUUUGGAUCUCGCCGGUAAUGCCACAGCCAGAAACAUCCGUGGACAACUGCUGUGUGUGAGAGGCCAAAGUCCCACAGACUGCAUGAAGCAAAUUAAGAAUGGCACUGCAGAUGCUGCCACAAUGUAUGCUGAUGAGAUUUACACAGCUGGAUUCUGCUACGGCUUAGAUGUGGCAGUAGGAGAGUCUUAUAAUGGUGUAGAUGGCAAUAAUUACUAUGUGGUUGCUCUGGCACGGACAUCAACCAGUGAUCUGUCCCUGCUGGAGAUGCACGAGCGCAGCUCCUGUCAUCCUGGGAUAAGGACCACUGUGGGAUGGACCGUUCCCAUCGGCUUCCUGGUGAACACAUCACAGAUCAGUGUGGAUGAGCAGUGUAACUUCCCCCAUGUGGUAGGCGAUUUCUUUGGCUACAGCUGUGUCCCAGGAGUAAAGGACCCAGAACACGAUCCCAAAGGCAACAAUCCGCGCAACCUUUGCGAGGCCUGCAUCGGAGACGAGAACGACCGGCACAUCUGUGCCAACAACCCGCGGGAGCGACAUUUUGGGGAGGCCGGAGCUCUUAGAUGCGUUGCAGAGAAUCUCGGAGAUGUUGCUUUUGUUAAGCACACUACAGUCUUUGACAACGUGCAGGGUAAGAACCAGGAGUCGUGGGCUUUGGAUCUGGAGAUGGAAGACUUAAAGCUCCUGUGUCCUGAUGGAAGUGAAGCUGACCUGUUUCAAUAUGAGCGCUGUCACCUGGCCGUGGUUCCAACCAAUGCUGUGGUUGUGCGCUUGGAGGACAAGUGCCGCGUUUACAAGUACCUGGAACGUGUGCAGAAUGCAUUCGGCAACGCUACAGAAGGAUUCUCUCUGUUCAGCUCUGUGGGUUACGGGCAACCUGACGUGCUAUUUAGCGACUCCACCAAAAAGCUGUUGCGUGUUAUGGGAACCUAUACCUCCUGGUUGGGGCCAAGUUACACAACUAUACUAAAGGCUUUCGAGUGUGAAGGUUUGUGUUGAUCUGAUGAAGAAAAAAGAAACCAUACAUUUCAAACCACCCCCCCUCUCUCUCUCACCCUAAACUACUCUUGUGUAAAAUGUGUUACUCUUGUAUAUGGGCUGAACGCCAGCUCUUUGUUCUUUGUAGUCUUCUUAUUACAUGUCUGCUCUCACAGUCUAUAUACUGUAUCAUAUUUACUUUACUUGCUGAGUCUGUUGUAUCUUUGCCGCUGAAACGAAGCUUUGAUGAAUGUUUGAUACAAAUAUUAAUUUCAAAAGAUAGCUAAACUUUUACACAGAAAACCACUACAGGGGAACUCAUAAGAAUCAAGAAAUAGUUUUGGUUUUGGGCUUUGCUGUUGUUAGUAAGUCCUUGCAAGACACAUCUGAGAUGAACAUCUGGCAUAUGAUUUGACCAAGGAAUAGAGAAGUUUCCAAACUCAAAAUCCAUCACUUUUACUCUUCAGGUGGUGCAUCUGUUAGCUCGAAACAUGCUUUGACAUAGGCAUGAAUUUGUAGUAUAAGAAAUGAAUUAAGGCGACACAUACCAUUGUUUCAGAAGUGGUCUGCCUUCCUCUGGAAAAGGUUCUCCAUGUUAGGCAGAUAAUUAUUUCGGAGUCACCUCCGGGUGCUGUAACGGUGCUGUUUCCUGAUCCUUCAGGAUGACAUAAUACCAACUUGAACAAAACUACUUUGUAAAUAAUCAUUUCACUUGUAGUUUUAUAAAACCUUCUCAUAAUAAAAAUAUGUGUUUUA